GGAGUCUGCUGAGUUUCCACACGUAAGGAAAUGACGAGGAGGAAGCAGUCUCCGGGACUGGGACUGGGGCUAGGCUGUUGAUGCUGGAAGGAUUCUUACUGAGCCCCGGGCCCCUUCCCUUCGUUGCCCAGAGAUGCCCAUCCCGCAUCUACAUUCGAUGCUGGAGUUUGUCCCGUUCCUGCUCCUGUUGCUCUUGGUCCUGACUCUGCUCCUGAUCUUUCUUUACACCCAGCAGCCCGACUCGGACUCUAAGAAGAUCUGACCCGGCCAGGUGUGGACUUCACCUGGAGUCGCCGCCAGCCUGUUUCUGAAGUAUCUGCAUGCAUGACCAAAACAACAACCAUGGAAGGUUCAGCAAAGGAUGAUUAUAAGAUCCAGUCGUUUGAUGCAGACACACAGCAGCUGCUGAAAACAGCACUGAAAGAACCUGCCUCGGUUGACCUGGAGAAAGUGGCCUCUGUGAUAAUCGAACAGUCCAUGAAGGACCUAGUGUUCAGUAAAGAAGCUGGACGUAUUUGCUACACUAUAGUACAGGCCGAGAACAAGCAGAGUGGGAACAGCAACUUCAGACGUAACAUCCUGAUUCGACUGCAGCAGGAAUUCCUGGUGAAGGAGCAGGUUCGAGAGCGCUCGGUGAAUGAUUGGGUCUGUCUGGUCACGUUCAUCUGCAACAUUUUUGAUUACUUGAAGGUGAAUAACAUGCCCAUGAUGGCGCUGGUUAACCCUGUGUAUGAUUGUUUGAUGCGUCUCACCCAGCCUGAUUCACUGCAGAAUGAAGAGGAGGUGGACUGCCUGGUGUUGCAGUUGCAUCGUAUCGGAGAGCAGCUACAGAAGAUGAACACUCAGCGGAUGGAUGAUCUCUUUUGCCAGCUGCGAGAUGGCUUCCUGCUGCAGCACCAGCCCUCCUCCCUGUCCCGCCUGCUGCUGUUGGAGAUUAUUGAGUUCCGUGCCGGUGGCUGGAAGAUGUCUGAGAAUGCUCAGAAAUAUUACUACAGUGAAGUGGCAGAUUGAGGAGGAUGUGGAGAUUGGGGAGGACCGAGAGAAGGGAAGAGCUGAGCCUUUUCUGCACAUGACAUUUCAUGAAACCUUGCCAUAAUUUUAAAGGCGGCUGAUGUAUGGGAGAUUCACCAGCUGAGGGAGCUAAUGGCCCAUGUUCCCAAUCAUCAAAGUUUGAACUCUUUUUGAUAGUAUUUUGAUAAAGUUGAAACUGAUUAUUGGAAUAGGUGGUUGGUACUAGUCUGCAACACAUAUGCUGACACCCAAAGAUAAAUUUUUACGCCAAGGUUUGUUUUUAAUAUACCUAUUUCUUGAAAGCUUACCAUGGUCACUGACAAAUGGUACAUGGGGUUAUGCAGUGUUUGUUGUUUUGGGCCAGUGAGGUGCCUGCAUCAGCAGUGCCCACUGCAAUGCUUCAGUAACACUGAGUUUUAGCCAGCAGGGAGCUCAUGCAAUGACAAUAUUGGACAAUAAUGCCCAGUCUUUGAGUGGACUGGGGCAGGGAGUGCAAUCACAUUGCACAUGUUCGGAAUAAUGAGCUGUCAAACUAACAUGUUCAAAGUUCUUCAUUCUGCCCCUCCCACUGACACUUUGCAUCCCUCCUACUACCAUGCGCCACCCCAACCCCAACGCCCCAUGUCCCCUUUUCUGCUUCCGGCCUGUUGCAAAGAGCUAAGUGUAGCCCCAGAGCCCAGCAGCUGCUUUCUGCCAAGGAGCCACAGACUGAUUGUUGCCUUUGAGUGACACUGACUGGGGGAAUGUAGACACAGCCUGUGAUUAUCUCCUACCCCCAUCACUCAGGGUGACUGACUGACCAGCCCAGGUCAGAAGUGCUGAUGCUGCAGGUGCUUAACAUUAGUUACAGAUGAUCAGUUUUGAGAAGUUUUGACAUAAUAAAGGAGCUGGUUUGAAUUUGA